UUGAAUCGUCCAGUCAUCGUCCGCUGAAUUCACCUCGCCAUCUCGUGAAAUCGAUCCACAAGGUCUUCAGAUUCAUCCCCCUAUUCCGCUUGUCUCGACGCUCAAAUAUGGCCUUUUCAGGUGCACUCACUCUCACCGAUCUGAAUGACUACAUCACGCCCUCGCAAGCGUGCAUAAAGCCCGUGGAGCAGACGAACAGAGAAGAGGCCUCUUCCAAGCCCGGAGCGGCAGCUACAGAAAUUCGCAUCGAUGAGCACGGGGCGUACUACGAAGUAUCGCAGGCGGCGGCGUCGUCCAGCACAGCGGCGGGCCCGAGCUCAGGGAAGAAGCUCCAGACAGCGGAGAUCAGUCUGAACGAUUGUCUGGCGUGCAGCGGAUGCAUAACGUCUGCCGAAUCCGUCCUCAUCACCCUCCAAUCUCACACCGAAGUCCUCUCCUUCCUUUCCUCGAACCCGCCAUCGCCUUCUCCCUCGCACAAGACCCCCGUCAUAUCCAUCGCACCACAGUCAUUGGCAUCUCUCGCCGCUUCCCUUGCACACUCAUCGGGCGAAACGCUCAGCCUGGACGAGGUCCUGAGUAGAGUAGAAGCGUUCUGCAAGGAGUCCCUUGGGUUCGAGCAUGUCUUCGACACGACGUUUGCUCGACACAUCGCGCUGCUCGAACAUGCGCGGGAGUUCGAAGAACGGCGCGCUGCGUCCGCCGCUGCGCCAUCUUCUACGACAAACGGCCACGGCCACGGAGGAUGCAGAGGCGAUGGCGGAUGCCAGACCCACGGCGAGGGAUCAUGCAAUCACGCCGGGACGGGAUCCGGGAAGCUCCCGAUGCUCGCGAGCGCAUGCCCAGGUUGGGUAUGCUACGCCGAGAAGACGCACGCAGAAAUGCUGCCGUUCAUCAGUCGCACGAAGAGCCCCCAGCAGGUGAUGGGCACGCUCGUGAAAGAAUGGCUGGGCGCGAAGUGGGGGAAAAACCCGGACGAGAUCUACCACGUCACGGUGAUGCCCUGCUACGACAAGAAACUCGAAGCGUCUCGCAGCGAUUUUUACAACGACCUGUUCCAGACGCGGGACGUCGACUGCGUGCUCACGACCGGCGAGCUCGACCUCCUCAUGCGCGAAAAGGGGUGGGAUCUUUCGUUGCCUGUUCCCUCAUCCUCGUCCUCGUCCUCGCCGCCACCCACGCCUCUCAUUCCACGCCUCCUCGCGCAUCCCGGCACAUCCUCCGGCUCAUAUCUGCAUUCGCUGCUCUACCACAUCACGACCACGUCGCCUUACCCGCUAGCCCUCACCACCAAAACCAUCCGGUCAGCGGACUACGAAGAAUACGUCCUCACACGGGAGCGAGAAGCACCAGAAGCGCCAGAGGUCGUGUUUCGGGGUGCCAAGUGCUAUGGCUUCCGGAGUUUGCAGAACGUGGUCAGGAAGGUGGGGAAGGAGGCCGGGGUGCAAGUGGGGCGCGGCGCGGCUGGGCGGCUGGGCGGCGGACUGCGGGGCAGAGUCAAGAAGACGGGAAAGGGGGCGGGAACGGCGGAGGAGCGGCCGUACGACUACGUGGAGGUCAUGGCGUGUCCUGGGGGGUGCGUGAACGGCGGCGGCCAGCUGCGCGCGCCCGUCGCUUCCAAGGACGAAGAGGGGUUCACGAGGGAUUGGAACAUGAGCGGGGUGGUCGAGGGCGGAAGUGCGGGGGCGGGGUCGGGGUCGGAGCUUGCUACGCGCUGGGGCGACAAGGCAUGGACGAAGCAGGUCGAAAGGGCGUACUGGGACGGCGUGGAGGUGGCCAAUGGCAUACCAACGCCGCCUGCAUCGCCGAAGAUGAAGGUCGGGUGCGUCCCAAACCGAGACGAGGCAGAUCGGGUCGCAGGGCGGGUCUUGGCGGAUGUCCUUGCGGGCUACGGGGUAGACCAGGAGAUCGACUGGUCGACGCGGAUGGGCGCCGAGGCUGAGGAGAGAUGGCGGAGGUUGUUCAGGACUGAAUACAGGGCUGUCGAGAGCGAGGUGAUUGGAUUGGCCGUGAAGUGGUGAUUCAGGCCUGUUCGAUUGGUAGUCAGGUUGUUGUAUUUUAUGGUCUAGCACUAGACACGCCGUGAGCUGGUACCAGUUGUAGACUC